UAAUGAAGUCGAGCAAGUGUAGUACGACUGCUGCUGGGGCCCAUUGGGGGGAAUUACCUACCAGAGAAACUCACAAACAGGAAAUAAUCACCCCGGAUGUUAUUGAGAACAUUUGGAGGCAAGUAAUCGAAGACACGAAAUCAUCAGACUUCGAUUUUCAAACGGAUAACCAAGUGGAAUAUUUUCAGUUACCUAACAUCAAUCCGCAUGUAUUAAACACCAUCACCCUUCACCAGCGGUUGCGAGAUCUCGAGGAUGGAGGUACUCCCGGCCCUGCGAUGGAAAUCGAUGGACCGACAUCGCCAGAAGUUCGAGAGCAGUUGAAUCCAUUUCAUUUUUCAUUUCCGCAUGAGGAGACGGAGACUGAUUCAAAAGACUCGAAAAUACCUGAUGAAUCUCCGGUUAACCCGACCUACCUAACACCAGAAACAGCGCAUGGCCUGCUGAGGCAUUCUGUUAUCGUGUUGCUGGCCCAUACCGGUUUCGAAAAUUCUUCUGAUAUUGCCAUCGAAGCAGUAACAGAUAUCGCGGAUCAAUUCCUCCAACGUAUGACGAGGCUACUCAAACUCGCAGCGGAGCAGGAUAAAUGCGGGUUCCCUGAUGCCGUUGAACGUGUCCUAUACGAAACAGGCAUAGGUGGAGCCCAAUCGCUUCACGAUUAUUAUCAAGAAAAUGUACUGAGGUUUGAAACGAAUAUGAAACAGAAUGUUGAAAGAGCGGAAGUAGAGCGAAGGGAGAUGGAACUCGACGCUGGAAAUAACAGGAUGGAACAGAACGAUGGCUUUGGUGGUGUAGGUUUUGACGAACUUGACGCAUUUGGGAACGUAUGCAGAGAAGUCCCGACUUUGCAACUGCUGGAUCCAGAGUUAGGUUUUCCCCCCAGUCUCGAUGCCGGAUUUCAAAUGCUUCAUAGUCUGGAGCAAGAAGGCUUGGAGGUUGAGGAGGAAGAGGUGAAUGUUAGCGACUCUCCAAAUUCGUCUCGCCAACGGCAGUCCGAAACUUUGAUCGACAAAAGGAAGAAAGUGUGACUAAUUGUCCCACAACAGAAUUAUACAAUUCCUUCGAAAAUCUCGAAUGAAGAAAAAUCAUACGCAAAUACUACAGUGUUGUUUUCUACUGUAAAAAUUUAAUUCCUCUAGUUAA